CGGCGGAAUCGCGUAUGCGGAGCUGGACAAACUUUGGCAGAAGUCGGCUACCUAGUGGGCAUGGGCCAUGGGCGAAGCAUAAGUUGUAGCCCAAAAGCGUCGGACAGCGCUGUAAUGUCUAGGCAUGAAGCGGUCAUGUUGCAUGGUGCACCAUUAUAUACCUCCUUGACACGUUGAACGCUGAAGGAGGAGGGACAAAUUCCCAGCCCUGCACACAUCUCCAAAGGCAUAAUGCCGUCCAUACGGAACUACACACUAGGCGUCUUCGGCAGCGGUCUACUGGUGUUCGGCAGCGGUCUACUGGGAGGUGUGACGGCGGCAACGCUAUAUCAUCUCGGCACUCGUGCACCUGCAACGCCGAAUGUGAGGCCGCCGCCAGCGUCCGAGGGGCCUGUCAGUCAUGUGCCGGUCUCGAGUCCGCCAACUUUGGGAGUACCGGCUCAUAUGACCGCGGCGAAGGAAAUAAUGAAAUAUGGGUUCCCAGGCCCGGUUUCUGACCUCUUGUAUCGGACGGCGUACGUGGGCUCUUACAACAGGUCUUUGCGCAACCCCAACUGGGUAGCAGAGCAUUUGACAGCUCGCUCUGUAGCGGCGAACCCUGGAGUAGCGGGCCUACUCGAAGCGGCGUUGGAUGAGGAGAAGCCGGACCGGCAGAAAUCUGCCUUCCGGGAAGACCAGCAGAUUCCUCGGCUAUUUCGCGCACAUUUGAAGGAUUUCGUGGGAUCAGGGUUCGAUAGGGGCCAUCUCGUCCCGGCAGCAGAUGUGGUCGAAUCGCAAGACGCCAUGGACGAAACCUUCCUCUUGACAAACAUCAGCCCGCAAGUCGGCAAAGGCUUCAAUCGCAACUACUGGUUCUACUUUGAGCAUUUCGUGCGCACCCUCACAAAGGACUUCGACGACGUCUACGUCAUUACGGGACCCUUGUACCUGCCCAAGUUGGAAGACGAUGGGAAGCAUUAUGUCAAGUAUGAGAUGAUUGGGAAUCCGCCGAAUGUUGCUGUUCCGACGCAUUUCUAUAAAGUUGUCUUGGGCGUCAAGGGCAAAACCGAAGCCAUGGCGACAUUUGUCCUGCCCAACACAGAGAUCGGCGACGUACCGUUGCAAGAGUUUGUCUUGCCUUUGGAUGCCGUCGAACGCGCCGCAGGCGUAGUCUUCUUCCCUGAAGUGAAUCGUCUCGCAUAUAAACCGCUCUGCGGCGUGAUCAAGUGCGAUCUGCAUAAGUUUUUGGUGGCUGCGAAACCAAAGAGGCGGAAGUCGGCGUAGAGUUGAUAGGUCGUAGGACGACGGAGGGAUUCCUGAUUUGUGGAAGCGAGCGUACCGAAUCUGGCGAUGGCAGCAAGGGAGUCGGUGUAGAUGUCUUCAGAAUAGGUGCUCGCAUCGCAGUAGAACCCGGAUCCUUUCUAUACAUUCCGGAUAUCAAGGCGCGAUUCUUUUUAGUGGAGUUUCCCUCUGUACCAGUUCUAUGAGUGUUACCUUAGUCG